UCUACCGGCUGCGGCAACAGUUGCGAACGCACCUCGUCCGAAAUAGCGCCCAACGAUUCUUACCGUCUUCUAAAAUCUCUUCGUUACGAAAUGUUAAAUAAUCGUUGAGAACAUCUUAAAGAUUUUUGCGGUUUUUUUCAUUUUGCGAUUUUAUUACAAUCCGAUUGCUAAUCAGGAUUGAGUAUUAGAAUAAGAUUUUUUUUUAUUUUUGAUAGAGAGAUUGAAAGAGGGGAAUUCUCUGUAUCUCUCCGGUAACACGAAGAAAACCAAUCGCGACAGUGACAGUGACGCCGAGGAAGUGGCCCAAAUCGGAAACAAUGGACGUGUUUUGAUUAUCGUAUUGAUAUGAAAUUUAUUGUGAUUGAAAUUAGAUUAGUGUAAAGUUAAAAACAUCUUUGUGUGUGCGUUUUAUUUUGGGAAGAUUUUUUUUUUGUGAUGAUUCGUAAAAUGAAUAUCAAAAGGGUGUAGAAACAACAAGAAAAUGUUAUCGCAAACUGUAUGGAUUUGCUUCGUUUCCACUUUGAUUUUGGUUAAAUCUCAUCUAAGCGCAGCCGGGUUUUAUAAGGGAUUAUACACAAAUAGAAUUGAAGAAGCACAUCUUGCAGUCCCAAAAAAAUUAUCACCAAGUGGAAAAAUAUCGCACGAUUUAAGAAGCACCCAUGAUGAUGGAACGGUACAUUUCAACGUUACAAUUGGAGAAGAUGAGCACCUUCUCAUACUCGAGCCAUCGAAACAAUUCACAUCUCCUGGAUUAAUUAUAGAAAGACAUAGAAGAGAGGUUCAUUUGCGCACGAUUCCAAAAAAAGAUUUCGUUGAUUGUCAUUAUCAAGGAUAUAUUUAUGGGCAACCUAAUUCUAGGGUUGCAAUUUCGGCUUGUAACGGAUUGGCUGGGAUUAUCCAUACGGAAAAUGGAAAGUAUUUCAUCGAACCGCACCAUCACCAUUCAAGAAAAAUACAACCCGGACAUCCGCAUGUGAUUUAUAAAAGAUCCGCGUCGGUUUCUCAUCAUCAACAUCACGCGAAGAAAAAAAGGAAACGAAGAAAGAGGAAACAAAUUCAAAAUUGCGGUACUCGAGAACCAAAACGGAUGACUGAAUUAGAAUGGCAAAAACAAAUCGGAAAGGUUCGGGUACAAGAGAGAAGACACAAACACAAACCGAAAAUUACGUUCGAUUCCGUUAAACAACACCAUUUAAAAAAACACAAAUAUCGAAAGUUAAGAAAUACUCGAUCGGUGAGUAAAGCUAGAUACGUGGAAGCUCUUUUAGUCGCCGAUACAUCGAUGAUUGAGUUUCACGAUUACGAGGGCGAAAAAGAAGGCGUGGAAACGUACCUGUUGACGAUCAUGAACAUGGUAUCUUCGUUAUAUUCCGAUCCAAGUAUUGGAAAUUUUAUAAAAGUAUCCGUCGUAAAAAUAAUUCUAAUAGAAGACCAACAAGCACAACCUGAACUUAACGUAACAACUAACGCCGAUAUGACACUAAAAAAUUUUUGUAAAUGGCAAAAAGGGAUGAAUCAAAAAGGUGAUAAUCACCCUCACCACCACGAUGUUGCAAUCUUAGUAACAAGAAAGGAUAUAUGCGCCAGAAAAAACGUCCCUUGUAACACUUUGGGUGUCGCUCACGUUGGAGGAAUGUGCGACACUGACAAAAGCUGCAGCGUUAACGAGGAUAACGGAAUUACUUUGGCCCAUACGAUCACCCACGAAAUGGGGCACAAUUUCGGUAUGUAUCAUGAUACUGAUAAAAUCGGAUGCAAAGGGAAAAUUGGACGUAAAUUACAUAUUAUGACGCCAAGCUUUGAAGCCGAUACAGUUGAAGUUAGUUGGUCAGAGUGUAGCAGAAGAGAUGUUACUAAUUUUUUAGAUAAAGGUUUAGGUGAAUGUUUAAAAGAUGAGCCUAAAGCAGAUAAUUAUAAAUACCCCCCACUUCCCGCGGGGGCAAUGUACGAUAGUGAAGUUCAAUGUCGACUUCAAUUCGGUGAUUAUGCAGUUAAAGUUUGCACCCCACCAGAAGAAAUUUGCUCGAGACUUUGGUGUCAGGUGAAUGGUACUUGUACCACUCAACUUAGACCAGCAGCAGCAGGGACGAAGUGUGGAAAACAUAUGUGGUGUGAAGACUUGAAGUGCGUUAAAAUAAUGGAACCACCGAAAGCAAUCGAUGGUGGUUGGGGUGAUUGGAGUCCAUGGAGUGAAUGUUCGCGAACAUGCGGUGCAGGAGUUGCGAUAAUGCAAAGGGAAUGUGACCAUCCGAAACCAGCGGCGGGUGGAAAGUUUUGCGUUGGGGAGAGACGUCGUUACAAGAUUUGCAACGCGAACUCGUGUCCUGGCGAUCAGCCGACAUUCAGGGCGACCCAAUGUUCUAGCUUCAACAACAGGACGCACGAGGGACGGAAGUACUCCUGGGUUCCUUACUUCGAUCAAGAUGAGCCAUGUGAAUUAUAUUGCAGCGACAUCAAUGAUACUGUAAUUGUAAGCUGGGGAGUUGCUUUAGAUGGAACGCCUUGUAAUGUAGGAAGGAGAGAUAUUUGCAUUUCUGGAAUAUGCAGAAAAGUUGGUUGUGAUUGGACGGUAGAUUCGGAUGCAGAAGAAGAUGUUUGUGGGAUUUGCCAAGGUGAUGGUACAAAAUGUAGGAUAAUUAAUGGGAUUUAUAAGAAGCAAGGACAAGGAAAUGAUUACAUAGAAAUCCUAUCGAUUCCAACCGGAUCAAAAAAUAUUCGCAUCGAAGAAAUGGAUUAUUCCGAAAAUUACAUCAGCAUAGGAAGCGUAUUCGAAGACAGAUUCUUUUUAAAUGGCAGAAGACAUAUCACAUUACCCGGUGAAUACACAGUAGCUGGGACGCAAGCUUUGUACGAAAGGGAUAAUGAGUUGGAGAAAAUUAGAAUUCCCGGCCCGAUAAAAGAACCUAUUUUGGUAUACAUUGUUUUUCGUGGUAAAUCGAAAAAUCCAGGUGUAAAGUACCAAUACACUCUAUCAGGUUAUGAAGAUCCAGAAAAGCAUCUUCAGUAUGAAUGGCAACUAGGUGACUGGACUCAAUGUUCGGUUACUUGUGGAGGCGGCAAACAGUUUCGAAAAUCCAUCUGCAGGGAAUCUUUAUCGGGACCGGUGACGUCGUUCGACGAUGUCACAUCAACCAUUGUCGCCGAAUCUUUUUGUUCGCGCGAUGCUCAACCGGACACCGAAGAAAGAAGUUGCAAGGAUGAACCGUGUCCUUCACAUUGGUGGGUUGGACCGUGGCAAUCUUGUCCCGUCACAUGUACCAACAAAGGUGUUAAGCAAUAUCUACGACGAAGUGUGAUGUGUGUCGACGGUCAAGAGAUGGCGUUGGCGGAUAAAUUUUGCGACGCCGGAAGUCGUCCUUUAGAAUAUAAACACUGCGGCCAUCUGCCCGUGUGUCCCGAAAGCUUUAGAUGAGCUUGCUUUGAACAAAUCGAAAAGGAUUCUUUUAUUUCCAAUGCUUCAGCGCUGAAAACUAACCCAAAAAACGUAAAUAACGUUAAGGAUAAUUGAAGAAGACUGAAAAAGCGAGAUAAUAAAAAAAUAAGAAAAUAAGAAUAUAAGAAAAAGAUGGUAUUUUUUAUUUAUAACUUAAAAUUAAUAGAAGUAG